AUGGCCGCCUUCGGCCGCGGCUUCUUCACAGAUGCAAAGAACCUGGCCUGGAACAUCACGGAUCUCAUCAUCGUCGCCAGUGCCCUCGUAGAGGUCUUCGUGCAGGUCACCUUGUCAAUGCUCGAUCAGGACGCACCUCCUGGCGUGUCCACCUUGACGAAUAUGCGAGUGCUGCGGAUCAUCAGAAUCACAAGACUGGUUCGCUUGACACGCAUUGCCCGCAUCACUCGUUUUAUCAAGGCGCUGCGAACGUUGGUUAGCUCCAUCGUCUUCACGCUCAAAUCACUGGUUUGGGCGCUGGUACUGUUGUCUUUAAUCAUCUAUGGGUUUGGCAUCGUCUUCACGCAGGCGGCGACUCUUUACGUGAUGGAUCUGGGCGCCGACGGUUCUGUGGAUGAAUCGGAUCCUACACUCCUGGCCAUCAACGAGUACUGGCAUGAUCUUCCUGGAUCCAUGUUGACCUUGUUCAUGGCUAUUUGCGGUGGAGUCAGCUGGGAAAAUGCUCUGAGACCAAUGGGUGUCGUCUCUGGCUGGUGUGCUUUCCUGUUCUUGUUCUACAUCAGUUUCUGCUAUUUCGCUGUGUUAAAUGUGGUGACUGGCGUUUUCUGUCAAAGCGCUAUAGAAAGCGCCCAAAGCGACCACGAGAUGAUCAUGCAGAACAUCAUGCAGAACAAGGAAGCCCACAUACGGAAGGUGCGAUCGUUGUUCUCCAACCUGGAUGCUGAUGAGUCGGGCUACAUCAGUCUAGUGGAGCUGGAGCAGAACAUGCACAAGAAAUCCGUCAGGACGUACUUUGAAGCGCUGGAGUUGGACGUGUCUGAUGCGUGGACCUUCUUCAAGCUGCUUGAUACAGACGGUGGCUCUGCCAUAGAGAUUGAAGAGUCCCUUGAUGCGCAAUUAGCAGUUCCACUUGCAUGGGGAUGUUGGUGCGCUGGCAUUCGAAGUACGGCUUCUGAACCUUGCGUCGCAGUCUGGACAUCUCAGGUUCCUGCUGGGAUGCCGCUUCUCAGAAUUGGCAUGGAGUAG